UUAUUAGUGCUCUCUCUCUCUCUCUCUCUCACGCACGCACACAGGCAACUCCAAAACCCACAACAAUGGAAAGCGUCUCCUACCAACGCUUCCCAAAAAUCAAAAUCCGAGAAAUGAAAGAUGACUACUUAAAAUUCGAGCUCCGUGAAACCGACGCGUCAAUGGCCAACGCUCUUAGGCGCGUCAUGAUCGCCGAAGUUCCAACAAUCGCAAUCGACCUCGUUGAAAUCGAAGUGAACUCAUCGGUCUUAAACGACGAGUUCAUUGCUCACCGACUCGGCCUCAUUCCUCUCACCAGUGAGCGCGCUAUGGGGAUGCGAUUCUCGCGUGACUGUGACGCUUGUGAUGGUGACGGCCAGUGUGAGUAUUGCUCUGUUGAGUUUCAUUUGAGAGCUAAGUGUAUAACGGACCAGACGCUUGAUGUUACCAGUAAGGAUCUGUACAGUUCGGAUCAUGCCGUUAUUCCUGUUGAUUUCUCUGAUCCUUCUGACGCUAAUGAUCCUUUCGAUCAUACAGAGACGCAGAGGGGGAUUAUUAUUGUGAAGUUGCGCCGUGGGCAAGAACUGAGGCUGAGGGCCAUAGCUAGGAAAGGGAUUGGGAAAGAUCAUGCGAAAUGGUCUCCUGCAGCAACUGUAACUUUCAUGUAUGAACCUGAGAUUCAUAUCAAUGAAGAUUUGAUGGAGACUUUGACACUUGAGGAAAAAUUAAGUUGGAUUGAAAGCAGUCCUACCAAAGUUUUUGAUAUUGACAAAGUUACCCAACAGGUUGUAGUGGUUGAUCCUGAGGCCUAUACUUAUGAUGAUGAAGUGAUUAAGAAAGCAGAAGCUAUGGGGAAACGGGGACUCAUUGAUAUUCGUGCCAAGGAAGACAGUUUCAUAUUUACUGUGGAAUCUACUGGUGCAGUCAAGGCUUCUCAGUUGGUUCUUAAUGCUAUUGAGAUUUUAAAACAAAAGCUUGAUGCUGUUCGACUUUCUGAUGACACUGUUGAAGCCGAUGAUCAGUUUGGUGAGCUUGGUGUUCACAUGCGCGGAGGUUGAUCGAGCUGGUAAAUGCCACGUCAUGGCUAGACUACCAAUUUACUUCCUUUGCUUUUAUGCAAUUCUAUUUGCUGUACUAACAGCAUGCUUGUCAUGCACCGAUGGAUGAUAAUCUGUUUUCUGCUAGGUUAUGUACUUCUUGAUGAGACAUUAACAUCUACCAGCUUUUUUGGAACUUGCAGUGAAAAGAGGACCUUCUUAACAUAUAUAUAGUUUUUCUAUUUGGCA